UCCUGUGGCUUGCCUGGGGCUGGAGCGAGGAGCCCAUUGGGCACGACCGCACCAACCCUAGCUCCCCAUCCACAGUCACGCACUCCUCCCUCCUCCCUCUCACAGCCGCCACACCCCAUUCCUCUCUUCCUCCUCCCUCCUCCUUCCUGGAUCCCUGCCACCGCCACACCGGUGGCUGCACUCCACCUCUUCCUCGUGGUGCGGCGGACGGCGGCUCUUGCGGUCGUGCGGCCGACGGCGGCCUCAGCGGGCUCUCGAUCCCCGCUCCUCAUUCGGCUCCUCUUCUCCAUGCCGCCGCCGCCUCCUCCUUUUCCCCGUCCCUCACGGCCGCCUCGCCACCUCCGCCUUCAGCACCUCCUCCUCCCCUUCCUCUCCUCCUUCCCUGCCUCUGGAUCCAGCCAGUUAACUCUGGAGGGGAACCAACCUACAGGUAAAGGGCGACGGCGGCGGCCCUCGAGCAGAUGAGAGGGAGAGAGAAGGACAUGGCGGCAGAUGAGAGGGGGCGUGCGGCGCGGCGGUGAGCGUCUCCGGCAGCGGCGGCGACCUGUGGGCAAAGGGUGACAGCUGGGGUGCUCGAUUCGAUCCAGCGCCAUGAGCCUGUACUUUACUUGCUAGAGAGAGAGAGCAGAUGAGGGAAAGAGAGAAGGAGAGGAGGGAGAAAGGUAGAGGAAAGAGGAGAGGGAGCCGCAACGGCAGAUGGGAGAUGAACACGGUCUGGGGCCGGCCAUUCGCAUCUCUCCUCCUCUCCUGCUCUUGACCACCAUCGUGCCCCUCCUCCCCUUCGCUUCUAGGAGUAGCUAUUUUCCUCGCUCGUACUGCUGUUUGGCUCGAGUGUUUCUCCUUCCCAAAUCUGGUUGUAUGAUCUGGCCCAUUAUUGCGUCUCCAUUCUAUUCAUUGCUUCGUCUCCGUUUUGCUUGUCAAGGCACAGCUCGAAAUACUCAGAAAAAAUUAGGCCUCGGCCAAAGGUGGAGAAGACAGACCCCAGGAAGGAUUUUGCGCUGCCGUCUUCUUUCGCCGGAAUUGUAUGGGAAUGAAGCAAAAAGCAUGAAGAAAAUAGAGCAGGUCGUGUGUCAUCGUGCACGUAGUCUGCCUUCCAUUGGCGUUAUUGCACCUGGUUAUCUACAGAGGAAGGCAAGGAUAACUAGAUUAAACAUUUCACAAGACCCUCCCAAUUACAGGCACAAACUCCUUCCAAGAUAUUACAAGUGUGGUUGAUUACGGGAGAUUGUGAGAUGAAAAGAAGCUAUUGUGCUACUGAGAAGGAAACAUGGCUGAGAAUUGCUCUGGCUGGAGUUGAAUGUCUUUGUGACUGAAUACUAGAGACGCUGACUUGCAGCCACUCUUUACAGUCCUACCACCUAGCUUUUAUCUCUCACCUUCCGUUAUUUUCAUGUUAACACUGCCAUUGGGGCAAAUCUAUUGCUUAUUGAUCGGGUCUAGCUAUAGGUAGAAUUCCAUGUUUCCUACACUGUAUUAUACCCAUUACUAUUUGAAUGUUGAUUCUGACAAUCUUAAGACACCCACCAUAGUCGUGGCAACUCGAAAAACGUAAGCUGGAGAAAUAUCAAAAUCACACGAAACCUCCCCUUAGCUAAUACCAUAAGGGUUCGAUUGAGGCUCUCUGUUAACAGCGCUUUGGUAAAAGUAAGCGUGUGCACGAUGUUAUAGUGAGCUACCAUCACUUCUCAUUACUGACUGUAAUCAAUAUAUAUGUGUUUAUGCCAUAAAAGAUGGAUAUUUGUCGAAGCCAUUGUCGUGACAUGUAAUUACUUGCAGAUCAAUUAUAUAGUUUUGUUCGGAUUGUAAAGUGGAAACGAUAAAACCCUACAACUCAUGUGUGAUUGUCAUUUGAUUAUUUACUUCUUCAAGUAGUAUGGAUAUGGUGCUUCCAGGAUAUUAAGUAUAUUCAUGAAGUUGUAUAAACCACGUUCUACGAUUCACUUCUGUUAUGCAUAUUUACUUUCCAGUUUUAGGACUGAAAUUCAUCCAUUGUAAUGAAUUUGGUUGUAUGGGCAUUACCUAUUUGACUUAGGCUUGCUUCAUCACAUAUAGACUGUUUUUCUUUUCCUCACUGCUUGUAUGGCCUAAAACUAUCAUGUAUAUGAGGCAAGUUAUUAGCAAUGUCUCACAUUUUC